CGUGGCGUCCAAAAUGGCGGCCGUGAAUGGUGAAAGCGUGCGCGAUGAAUCUCAAGAAGAAUCGUCAACCUGGACGCAUGAAAAGGAGCUCAAAUUGUUUGAAAAAGUCGAUGAAUACUUGGAAGAUGGUGAAGAAAGGAAAGAAAUUUACGUUAAAGAUAUUAAAUGGAGUGAUAUUGCAUUCGAUAAUUUCACCACAGACGAGGUUCACAAACGCUGGAGAAUCUUGACGUUACGGGUCAGAAAAAUGAGAAAUGCUAAAGAGAUUCUCGAGGAUGCGAAGCAAAGGGCGGUAGACAAACACGCCAAUGCAGGAUCUAGGAAAAGAAAAAAAGAUGAUGCGCUCCCAAAAGCACCCUUAUCAGCCUAUCUCCUAUUCAGCAAGGAAAGACGACCGCAGAUGGCCGAGAAAUAUUCAGAUCUGAACAAUAAGCAAUUGCUGGCCAAAAUUGGUAAGAAGUGGAGGAAGCUCAGCGCAGAAAAGAAAAAAAAGUAUCACGACGAUUACUUGGAGAAUAAAAAGAAAUACGAGAGCGAAUUGAUGCAGUAUUUCAUUGAAAACUUUCCAGAAGAAAAGGCUCCCAAGACCGCAUUUGAAUUUUGGUCUUCUAAGAUGAAGAAAGAAAUCAAAGAAGAGCAUCCCGACAUAUCGGAUAAAAAGUUAAAGAAAAAGCUCAGAAAGAGAUGGGAGAGGCUAGAAGAUGAAGAGAAGGGAGAGUGGGAGAAGAAAUCUAAACAAGAGAUGGAUAAGUAUCUAAGAAAAAUGAGAAAGCGAGUCAAAGUUUGAAAGGAAAUGUGGAAAGAUUACAGCCCUGUACCAUUCCAAAGCAAAGCUGUAGUUUGAAGGGAAAUCUACUGUUUUUUGCCCUUAUGUCCUUACCCAAGAACUGCAUGCAUAAUGAAGUAUGGGGCAGUGUGGAAAUCUUGACAGAAAUGCCUUUAGGUUUGCUCUCCUUCUAACAAAUUCCUGAAAAGCUGAUUACAAAAUUCCAUUUCAAGAACAUGGGUGAUCAAUAUUUUACUGUAAGUUCCUGUAAAGUUAGUCUUGAAAGGAAACUUACCGUGAACUUCACUUAACUAAGAAGAUUUAUGAAUGUUAUUGAUUAUGAUAAACCAUUGCCUUGGUGAUGUUGUUUUGUUUGUUUUAAACGAACAGUUUAGAAUGUUGUGUUGUGGCAGUCAUACAUUUGUAAGGAGGAAAGCAAAACCUUUUUAAGAAACAAUAGCUUUAGGGGUGGAGUUUGUUACCAUUGCGUAAACAUAGCAUAUGAAUUUGUCAUUUUUUUUCCUUCAGAUUCUCUGACUCUUCAGGGGUACUCUUUUGAGCUUUCUGAUCAUAUUUUUGGACAAAAGAAAAAAUUCCUUUUACCAUUAACUCCCAGAAUUGAUUAACAUUUAACUUCUCCCUAUAUAUCCUUACAUCAUCAAGUAAAAAGGGUAAUCAGAGUGAUCAAACUUAUCAGAUAGAAGCUCUUAUGAUGAUCUAGUACAAAAUUCUCAUAACUAAUUACAAAGAAAUGUGUUCAAGCUGGAGGAAGAAUUACCAAUCAGAUCUUGGUAUUUAAAGGGUUAAGUAGAUGUUUUAGUAUUUAUAGUACCAAUUUUUAGUGGAACUGUUGCAAGUAAUAUAUAUAUAUAUAUAUCACCAGUUUGAUGAAAAAUUCCAGGUGAGAAUUGUACCCUUAAUUCUGGUCUUCUGGUAAUGUAAAUAUUUUUGUGAAACCAUCCAGUGCUCUAAGCUGUGACUUACUUGGUCUAGCAAAAAAUUUCGGCUAAUAAGUUUUCAGGGGGAGGUGCUAGAUUGGUGAUCUGUGUUUGGUUGUCAUACGUGAAGAUGAAAUGUUUCAUUCCCUAUUGUUUAGGGAUUAGAUAUAAGUGAGGUGUAAAUCUGCAUGAAGUAUGACAGCUCUGUCUGUCCUGGGGUGAAAGGUAUGGAGGGUUUUGUUUAGUUUCUUUUUCUCUCUUACGUUGGCGACUGAAAUUUUAUUUCUAGUGGCCAAAAUUGCUGUGCCUGGAGCACUGGCAACAACCAAUGUUUGGUGGGAGAUUUGUUAAUUCAAAAAUGAUGUAGUCUUGGGGGAAAUGGUUACCUCCUCACCCCAUCCCCUCCCCUGAAAAAAUUGGUUUCGUUUACUUCUUACAAUGCAUAAAAUAUAAUUUUAUGCCUCAAUAUGAUUUUAUUCAUUGCUUGUAGCUCAGAAAUGCACAUACAGGAAGUUUCUAUAGGGUUAAAUUAUUGGUUGUUUUUUUAGGAAUCGUAGACUUUAUGGCCUUUGCUAGGUUCUCAAUCAAUGAAGGCAAUUAAACAAAAAUGCGCUUGCAUGAAAAAUGAUGAGCAAGCAGGUACAGUUGUUGAGGAAAUGGCUUCACCAUUUCUAUGCACCUUUUUUGCUCAUCUUCAUUGACCAAGAACCUUGUAGACUCGCAAUGCUUUGCAACCAAUUGAAACUCAUUAUUGGGUAAUGAAUAAAGAAGAUAUUUAGGUACAGUUUUCUUUUUAAGGUUCUAAUUGAUCUUCAUGUUGAUGGUUUUAUAUACAAUUUACAUAAUUACAUUCAGAAAUGCAAUGUAUAUUUAUGCAGUGGUACCAAAUAUUUAGUUGGAUUGAUUAAUUUAGAAAAUUGGAGCAUUGAAUCUUUUUAUCAUAUUUUUGCUCAUACUACUGGUAGGUUGUAUCUGGCUUGAUCAUCACAAUGAUGUCCUUAGCAACUACAUAUUUUUUAUUUACGAUUUCAAUGUUCAAACUGUUAGCACAGGUUUUAUACUAGUACUGGAACUUGACAUUUAAACUAGUUAUAAACUUGCAAUCAUAGUUAUUUACUUAUUAAGUUGUACAACAAUAAAGAUGUG